ACAAAUAAGUUCCUUAACAGAUACUGUACUGUAGACAAACACUUCAGCAUGACAGUUGUUUCCUGUUAUAGAAACAGGUUUGUUCAUUAGUACAAACAAUGUGUAGACCUAGUGUAUAUGAUCAAAUUGUACCAUAAAAAAUAAUUAUCUUCCUCUCAGUAUUAAUACCCAUUAGCUGUCAGUGAGUCUAGUUUUGAAGUUAUCGUAACGAUUUCCGUGUUUCAUUCCCUUAUGUUUGCCGAACAAAGAGAAAAAUUCCAGAUCAGUAACUGCCAGUACCACCUUGAAUGCUGAAUAUUAUUGUCUAUCAUAAAUCAUGACAAUGACAUCAAUGGAAGUAUUUGUGAUUAUCCUGAGUACUGUGAUCUGUAGAUUCGAGGGCCUGGAGAUUACCCAGCAUCCCAGAAGUCAAUAUGUUUCUAAGGGGGACAAUGUUACAUUUACUUGUGGGUUUAGUUCUUCUUUUGGAGAAUAUGAUGGGUAUAGGAGAAUAUGGUCUCGUAAGCUGGAAGGUGAAGCAAUCCCCACAAUGCUUACUGAUGAACUAUAUGUGAAUCCUUUAAUCCCAGGUAGGUUUGCUGUCAGCCAAGAUGAGUUAUUUAACUAUGAAUUAAGCAUCGCACCCGUUUUGUAUAAUGAUGCAGGUACCUAUUAUUGUGAAGUCGGCAACGUCGCUACGAACACUCUCUUAAGUCGCUCAGAUGAAGCACAAUUAGAAGUAUAUACACCUGCACAGGAUCCGUUAUGUUACAUUCAGCGUGUGAUCAACAAUACACAAUAUGUGUGUACAUCAAAUAUUGAAGGUGAUACUAUCUACUGGGUGUAUGAAAACAAGCUCAUAUUACAACAAGUAAUUAAAGUUGUGGAAAACGACACAAGAACCUUACAAUGCUAUGUUAAUAACAGCUUUGGAGUACCAAGCAGAACUUGCAUUAUCAACAACAAUUGCGUGGUGCGACAUGAAUCCGAUGGCCUGGUAGUUAUAGGGGAUAAUGCUGCAUUUACAUGUAGCUGUCGCUAUCAACACCUUUCGAACUUUACCAGUUGGACAUACAAUGGGAGUACAAUUUCAUCAAGUAAAGAGCGAUUUUUAGUUAGAGAUAAGUCACUCUUCAUAAAUGGCAUCCUAGAGAAAGACAACGGUCUCCUUAUUCGAUGCAAUGCCAAUAAUAAAACAAAUGAAGUAUCUAGCGGAUGGCUGAAGCUACAGACGUUGUCAAAAACCUCUACAACUCAAAAUAUAGAUCCAUCAGCAACAGUCACUCCAAUUGAUGACUCUGUAUCUUAUGAAACCUUAAAAUAUAUUACUUUAGUAUUGAUAAUAAUAGUAUGUGUGAUUACAGUGGGUGGUAUGGGGUCCUGUUGCAUUAGGUGUCGAAAAAAAAACAAGCUAGUGAUAAGCAAUCAUCGGCCACCAAUGGCACCAGACAGCACUCAACUGCCAACGAUUGCAACACCCAUCCAUUUUUCUCAGAAUAAACAUAAGAGCGAAUCUACUACUUAUGAAAAUUUCGAUAUUAAAAGAAAUGUUUUUAAUGAUAGCGAAGACCUCCCAGUAUAUGACAACAUCAUCAAGGUAACGAAUGUAGUAUACGAUAAUCUUAGAACAGAUACCAGUGGAAAUAGAUUUGAAAAUGACUAUCUAAUACCUACAAUAGGCUUGGGUGAAUGUUACCCACUGCAUUACUCAAACAUUUCUAUUAAUAAAUCUCACAUUUAAAAAAAAAAAUCUAGACAUACUAUGCCUGUUUGUAAAACAGGACAUAGUACCUUUGUGAAAAAAGGACAGAAAAACCAUGUGAAAAAACAUAGGAAAAACAAGAUACAGUACAAUCAAAAAGAUAAAUCAGAACAAAACAACAGAUUUUCCACUGGUGCGGGAAAGCCAAAAAAUUAGAACAAAACAAUAUUAAUAGAUGAAAUAGAUUUCAUAAUCAAAAAUAAAUAUAAUUUAAUA